UCUUUAGGAGCCCGAGUCGAGUCGUCUGCUCAUAGAAUCAACCCCAAAAUAAGGCACGUAUUUAACCUUAUCGUUUGCAAAACAACGCCACUUUUAAAAGUAAUUCACCAUUAAAGGCAACAGCUCAGCAUGGAAAAUCAUAAGUAGUAAGGUCCAUCUGACUUGAGGUGUGGGAGCGAGGUUGCUCCCUGAUUCCCACCCCUGUGCUCCCCCGCCCUCCUGGACGGCACUGAAAUGACCACAGGGGAGUGUUGCCACCUCCCAGGCUCCCUGUGUGAUUGCACUGGCAACGCUGCCCUGUCUAAAACUGUGGAGGAAGCAGACAACCGACAGGCCCAGUACGUCACCCAGGUCACGGCCAAGGAUGGGCGUCUACUAUCAACUGUUAUCAAAGCCAUUGGCACACAGAGUGAUCGCCCAAUUUGUCGGAUCUGCCACGAGGGUCAGGACAUGUGCAACAGUGAGGGACUUCUCUCGCCAUGUGACUGCACCGGCACGUUGGGCACAGUACACAAAAGCUGCCUGGAGAAGUGGCUGUCAUCCUCCAACACCAGCUACUGUGAGCUGUGCCACACAGAGUUUACCAUAGAGCGCCGGCCCCGACCCCUCACAGAGGUAACAAAGUGGCUCAGGGAUCCAGGCCCCCGGAACGAGAAGCGCACCCUCUUUUGUGAUAUGGUGUGCUUUCUGUUUAUAACACCCCUGGCGGCCAUCUCGGGCUGGCUGUGUUUGCGGGGUGCACAGGACCACCUGCACUUCAACAGUCGUCUUGAGGCAGUCGGCCUCAUUGCUCUGACCAUCGCACUCUUCACCAUCUACGUCCUCUGGACUCUGGUCUCAUUCCGCUACCAUUGUCAGUUGUACUCCGAGUGGAGACGAACCAAUCAGAAAGUCCGCUUGCUCAUUCCUGACACCAAGGGUGCACACUCUACCCAGCAUUCCUUGCUCUCCACCAAGCUGCUGAAAAAGACAGCAGAUGAGACCAUAGUAUGAGAGAUGUGUAGUGGGGAGAAGGGGCCCGAUCGUGGUGAUAUUAACGUGCUACAGGUUACUGAUGCAGCAUCUUCAGCUAGAACCGUGGCACUUGUGGAUGCAUUCUUUUCUAUGUAAUCCUUUUUAUCUAAAUAUGUGAGCACUUCAUUUAGUUUUUCACCAGUCUGUUUAAAGUUUUUUUGAUCCUUUUAUAAUAAGUGUGUUGUUUUAAGAAACCGUAAUUUAUUUUGGGGCUUAAACAGCCAUGCUGAGGCCCCUUACCAUUCAGUAUGCAUUGUAUUUGAAACAAUCGGAACUAUAACUUAUUUGUAUAGACGAUUCCAUUGAGCACAGCAGUGAGGGAUUAUGAAUCAAGCACGAAUGGCUGCUGAAGCUUAAUACCAAAACUUUCUUUAAUUUUCAAUGUAUUGUUUUUCUACUCAUCUACCUUCAAGUACUUGCCAUCUUAACCUGACAAAGAAUUGGUCCGAACCGAUUCUUGGUGAACUUCAACCCUUGCGGCUCCUAUUUAGUCAGGAUGUAAAUGUAUAAAUAUAUACACACUAUGUGAACAUGUAAGCUCAAAGCUUUGAUGGACUUGGUUAUUACAGAACCACAGGGCUCUUUGCGCUCUGUGAGGUGGACGUCCAUUUAGGGCUCAGGCAAUGAAAGUGGAGGCUGAUUAUUUCUGCAGUAGUGAACCAGGCGUUCAAGCUCGCCCUUUUGAACAUGCCAAUCUGGAGUGAGAAACGUAGGCAGUAUACAAAAAAAGAGUGCAAUAACACACUGCCCAUCUCACUUUUGCGCGAUUCCGCUGUAAAUGCACAUGUUUUAAUGCAUGUCUGUUUCUAUUUCAAAAGUCUCAUCAAAUUGGUGACCGUUCAGUGCGAAGUUCGUUUGGGGUUUUAGUACAGAUCUAGGGCUGUUUUUUCAGUCUGAUGUUAUGAAAAUUAUGUGCCUAUGGUGACAUUUUUGCUAAAUUAUAUUAUGUAGUUUCUUGCACAUAUUGCGGCAGUUCCGAGCAGUAAUGUUCACUGUGUGGCACUAAAAGCAAGUUAAAUGCUCUCCCAAACAGAUGAGUUUUAAAUCAACAAAGCCAAACUUCUUACCCUAAACCUUAAAACUAAACCUAACUGAUAGUUUCUUUCAAGACCAUGGUCCUUUGCAUCAUAAGUGGAAGAUAGAAUGCUCUAUCAAAUGAGCUACCGUAUAAUUUAAUAGCGCUAGAGCAAGCUUCUAAAUUUUGUUGGUUAUGUAAUGCAAAUGUUGAAAUGUAUUGUCUUACAAGUCAUUCACUACAGUGACUAUAAUAACUGACAAUCUCAUGUUUUACUUGUGAUUUGUGUUAAAAAUAAUAAAAGUAAUUGUUGCUGUAGUGCCUUUAGUGUUCAUUUCACCUGGAAAUUGCUGCAAUAUGUACGAGCCACGUAAAAUUAAUGUAUCAAAACUUAAGUAUAGUAACGUGAUUCUAUGAGACUAGGUUGCGUUUGUCUAAAACCAGCGGUCUCCAAACAAUGCAAAACACCAUGCAAUUGUCCUGAAGUUGUAGCACUUUGACAACGUAGCCUAGAUGUGAGCUGAUCAAAUGUAGACACGUGUACGCUUUUGGGAUCCAAAUAUGUGUCAUCCAUGUAUGUUGUGUUGAGUUGACGUAAGUGCAGAUAUAAACAGACCUCUACAAGUUCAUUGUUCUGAAUCACUUUCAAAUUGCUCUAAAAUCUUUUUCUUUUCUUUUUAUUUGUGAGUGUGUAAAGUUGAAUGUGAAUGUGUGUGUGUGUUUAUAGUAAGCUCUGUUUUUUUUGGUGCCAUUUUUAAUUUGGUUUCAGCAGUAUCAAAUGGUAAAAAUGUAGGGAUUUUUGUAGCAGUUUACCUUGUGAACGAUUUCAUGCAGCUUAAUGUGAGGUCAAGCCACUGAGGAAGAAGUCAUUGUGUGAAGCUACACUUCAGUGCCAGACCUGUAAUGAAUCACUCAUCCAUUAAUUACACUACAAGCAAAGGCAUCUUUUAGCUGUGUCAGUUCAGUGCGAGAACAUGUAAAACACCACCAACCAUAAGAGCUUUUCAUUUCCUUCUAUUCAAAGUACUAUCUGAAAGCACAUCUUAAAUGAAUAGUUUACCUCAAAAUGAAAGUUCUCUCAUUUACUCACCUGCAAUAUCGUUCCAAAUCCAUAUGAUUAGCUUAUUCUGGGCAUCACAAAAUAAGGUUUUUUGAAGUAUCCCCAAGCUGCUUUUCAAUAGAGAUUGGGAAUGGAGACAGAUGCUUAUGAGCUGCAAAAAUGACAAAAAGGCACCAUUAAAGUAGGUCAUGUGACUAAUUCAAAGUCUUUGGAAGCUAUUCAAUAGCCUUUCUAUGUUGUUAUUUACUGAAAACUUUGCCCUUCGCCAUUGUUCUCAAAUUUCAUUUACAGUCUCAGUCUUCCGCUCUGUAUUUGGUGGAGGAAAGCGCUGUUCUGGGGUGGAUGAAAGGUGUAAACAUAGUGAAAUCAAUGUGUUUUUAAACAAAAAUGUAUUCGUGUGGACGCGAUCUUAGGACACGUCCACACUUAUUUGAUUUUGUUAGAAAACUCAGUUUUCAGUUUCCUAACAUCGAUUUCCAAAAUAUGCGGAAUUGGAGAGCGUUUUCAAAAACGCUCCAUUUUUCAGUGGAGAAAAACAAUUUUAGUGUAAAUGUAGUAAAAUCAAUACGUUUUCAAACAAAAAUGUAUUAGUUUGUCUUGACAUGGCUGGUUUUAAAAAAUGCGCGGGAAAGGUGAAGGUCGGGAUUUUCGAUGAGAAACAACCAAAGGAAAAAAUAAUUUACUACAAAUCACUAAUUACUUCUCUAAAAAAAAAAUAUCGGAUUACUGAUUAAAUUCUCAAAUUCAAAACGUUUAUAUUUCCUCGAUCAUUGUCACACACCCUUUAUAGAAAUGCAAUCAGAAUAUAUGAACAUAUGAGUUGAAAGAUGUCUAACCAAAGUAAUCACCUUUAUUGAUAGUUAGUAACUGUAAUCUGAUUACAAGAAUUUUAAAUGUAAUUCCUUACACCACGUUUUGACUAAAAAAAUUUGUUUAUAGUAACUAAUUACUUCGUAAUCAGAUUCAACCCAACAAUGACAACCGCUUAUGUUUCAGUCUUUUCCUCACACGAAAAGCAUUUUAGUACUUUUUGGAGCUUGACUGCUCUUGAUCACUAUGCUUUCCUUGUAUGGAAAAAGCAGCUCUUCAAAAAAUCUUAUAUUGUUUUCAGUGGAAGAAAGAAAAUCAUACAGGUCUGGAACAACAUAACACAAUACAAAUUUUGACUAUAGCUUGUACACCUAGAGCAAAGUAAAAUCUUUGGGAAUGGCUCUUAGGUAUAUGCAGUAUCACUCCUAACGUGGACUUCCUAGCAUGGCUUGUAUGCACUUAAUUUGGAAGAUGUUGGUGCAGAAGGUCUAAACUAUUGGGAGGAAUAUUAAGAAUGCUCUCCAUUAAAUCCCAAAAAAACACUUUCAUUGUAAAUUCUGAGUCUCCAUUGUAAAUGUGUAGAUAAACUGAUGUCUCUGUUCUUAAGAAGUGUUGUGUGCUGUAGGUCCAGGGUUCUUUUAGCAGGACCAUGAAUACUUGGAUUAUUUACUGAAUGGACACAACUGAUUGGUUUUUACCUAGAUGCUUGUUGUCCAUUCAGGUGGAGCAGUUAAAGGGGUAGUUCACCCAAAAAUUUAAAUGUAAUGCCUAACAUCUGCUUUUGUGCUCCACAGAGAGAUGUCUUAUGGGUUUGGAACACUAUGAGGUGAAAAUAAUGACCAGAAGUUUCAUUUUUGGGUGAACUAUCCCUCAAUAUUAUGUAUUGUGCUGAUAAAGAUCAGUGCCACAAGCAAGUGAGUUUGAAACCACAAAAAGGUCCUGCUGUAGUUGGAGUUCAAAUAUGCAAAGGUUUCCCUGUCAAAUGUAUCAACCGCCCAUCUCACAUGAGCUCAUUUGGCUUCGAGAAUGAGAGAAAUUCCUCCAGAGGGAAAAAAGUAUGUUUUCCCCUCUAAAUGGAUUCUCUUCAAGGACUAAAUUCUUUUGUAUGGAGAAUAAUUGUGCAAUAGAUAUACAAAAUAUGAUGGCAUUAAUUGUUAUUUUAUUUUGAUAUUUGGUAAGGGUUUGGGGGACAAUACCUUCAUCUUCUUGACCAUCAUUGUCUGUUCCAUUGCUCAGUAUAUUUGAGAGGAAAGUACGCUUUUAUGCUGAUCUGUCCCACCAUUUGUAACCUGAAUACUAACUGGAUGUUUAACUAGUGGUUAGUGAAAGGCAAUGUGAAAUGUUCACUGCUAUUUUAAGGAAUGCUGUCUCUUAUUGUGCUUCCACCUUGCUACACUUUUGAGUCAUUUGGUCAUUUUGCAAAGUAGGGUAAUACAUCAAGAGUGCAAUUUCAAAAAUAUUACAAUGCAAUUUGUAUCUAUAACCUUAAUACAUGUAUGAUAAAAACAGACAUAGAUGCUGUUGCAUAUGAAGGAACUUAAGGACAAUAGGAGGAGUGGGACAAUGUUGAGCUUGUAUUUAUUUUUUGGUCAACUUGCAGCCAAUGAGCUGGCGACAAUAUGCAAGCUCAAAUAAUGUUUUCAGUAGAACCGAGCCUAGCAUUUCCUCAAAUGCAUGCUUUCUUUUAUUUAACUACAAUGGCACUUCCACAAAUGUAUGAUGGAAGAACAUUUUUGAGGGGGUUUUAACAUUUUGUUGCAAUUUUAAAAAUGUUUAUAUUUGAAAGGAUUCUUUUUGUCUGGAACUUAAUUGUAAACUUGUACACAUAGCGUGUUUGUUGAAAUCUCUAAUUUGGCCAAUGUGUUUUUAAUGUAUUCAUUUUGCUUUUCAUUUAUUCAUCGAUCACAGGACUUAAAGACUUUUGAGACACUACAAUGUUUGUUGUUCAGUGGCUAAGAGAAAGAUGUUAGUUAUGUCAACAAAAUUGUUGGUGCUUGAAAUCAGCCAAGAAAAGUGUGCAAAGCAAAUUAAAAUUGAUGCUCUGGUUCUG